AUGCCUGGGCUUGCGCCUGCUUCUAGUGCUGCUAGUGCUCCGAAUGCACCUGCUGCUAGUUCAGCAUUUUCCUCCAGGGCAGUGACGCCCAUGCCUGGGGUUUCACCUGCUGCAAGCUUCCCCCCUCCACCUGUUCCCCAUCCUCCUCAUCCUGCCACUAGUGCUGCAGGUUCAGCAUUCUCCUCCAGGGCAGUGACGCCCAUGCCUGGGGUUUCACCUGCUGCAAGCUUCCCCCCUCCACCUGUUCCCCAUCCUCCUCAUCCUGCCACUAGUGCUGCAGGUUCAGCAUUCUCCUCCAGGGCAGUGACGCCCAUGCCUGGUGUCCAUCACUCCUUCCCGUAUCCACCUGCUGCUGCUGCUGCGCCUCCUCCUGUUCUAGCUUCUGCUGCUCUCUCCCGGACAGUAACACCCAUGCCUGGUGUUCGUGACACAGUAACUGGUGUGCGUGCUACGGCUACUCCCAUGCCGGGCGUUCGCGCCAUAGCGACUCCCAUGCCUGGUGUGCACGGCGUGCCUGAUGUGCGUGCCACAGCCACACCCAUGCCCGGUAUGGCUGGGGAGAGCAGCAGGCAGCAGCACAUGAGAGCAACUGCUGGAAGCAGGGGCCACUCGCGGGGAGCGACCGAGGGGGCUGCGUUUUACACCCCAAUCGAAGGGACAACUGCGUUUUACGGCCCCCCAACUGAGCAUGCAGCCUUCUUUGCCCCAACAGCUGCUGGGGCUGCGUUUUACGCUCAAACCCAAGCUGUGGGGCGCUCCCAGUCCCACAGGCACGCUGCAAGCCCCUCCCAUGCUUAUCACAGGCACGCCAUAAGUCACGGUCGCAGCCAAAGCCAUGGCCCUGGGGCGUGGGCUCUUGCUGACCCUCAUCCUGCUGCUGCCGCUGAUGCAGGGAGGGAGAGCGGUUUGGAGGUGUGGCGUGCGGUCAUGCAGGGCAUUGGAAGCUUGGGGAGCGUCGGGGCAGGAGGGAGGACUGGCAGCAUUGGGAGUGUUGGGCUGGGAAGGAGUGGGAGCUUUGGGAGUGUUGGGAGCGCAGGGAGGAUGUGGAGGGGGAGUGUGGGGAGUUUUAGGUCAGUGAGGGAGGAAGGGGAGCGAGGGAGGGGAGGAGAGGUGGGUGAGGAGGAGAGGGAAGCGAGGAUGGAUGUGUGGAGAGAGGUGAUGGGUAAUUACUGGGAGUUGAGAGGGGCAGGAGCGUUUGGGAAUAGGCAUGCUGUCAUGCAUGCAGAUCGACCUGAGGAUAAAAAAGGGGAUAGAGAUGAGGAUAGACAUGAGGAUAGAGAUGAGGGUAUGAAUGCGAAUGGGAAAGUGGAUGCUUUUAAGGAGGGAGAGGGCCGGGAGGGUGGUGUAUUGCAAGACUCAGAGUUGCUAUUGUAUGAUGAUGUGGGAGAGAGUGUGAGUGGCAAGGUUAGGGAAGAGGCGGAUGAGGAAGAGGAAGAGGAGGAGGGUGGUUUGGGGAUUGAGGGUAGGGAGGAUGGGCAUGAGGAAGAGGAGGAGGAGGAGGAAGAGGAGGAGGACGAGGAGGAGGGUGGGAGGGUGGUGGUGGUGUUCAAAACGGCAACCAGGGCUGCUGGGAUCCACGUGGAGGAGAGUGAUAGGGCCAGUGCGGAUAAUUCUGCUGACGUGGCAAGCGAUGCUGAUGUGGCGAGUGAAUUGACAAUCAAGGGGAAAGCGGAUGAGGAGGAAGAGGAGGCGGUGGGAGAGUCUACGACUGAACAUGAGUCAAUGACCGAGGGCCCUCUUGACACGGAUACUGAGGAUGUUGGUAACGAGUAUGAGGAGGACAGUGAGAGGGUCGUUGUGGUGUUUAACCGACCCAGGACUGGUGAGAAGAGGGAGGAGGGGGACGCGGAAAGGGAGGAGGAGGAUGAGGGGGAGGAUGAAGAUGAUGUGCUGUUAGGCAGUGUGGUUGGGGAUGCGAUUCAGACAGGAAGUCAAAUCGCCAGCCAGACAGGCAGCUACGUGGGUGAGGAGGAAGGCUGGGAGGCAGGGGAAGAGGAAGAGGCGACGCAUGCUGAGGAGAUGGACGAAGAGGAAGAGGAGGAGGCAGAGGAGGAAGAGGUGGAGGAGGAGGAAGCGGAUGAGGAGAUCGUUGUAAUAGAGGAGGAGGAGGAGGAAGAGGAGGUGGGAGAGGGACGGAGGGUGGAAGAGGGGACGAGUGAGGAGGCAAGAAUCCAUAAAGAAGAGCAUGAGGAGGAGGAUGAGGAGGAGGAGGAAGAGGAGGAAGAGGAGGAGGAAGAGGAGGAGGAAGGGUAUGAUGAUGAGGAUGAGGAGGAUGGGGAGAAGAGGAAGGAGAUUGAGCGAUGGAUAGAGGUGGCAGAGAGGGAAUUGGCACAGCCAAGCCCGCAAGGGGGUAUCAGCAGCAGGCGUAGUGGCAGCGGGUCAGCACAGCAGCUCACACGGUCAGCGCAGCAGCUCGCACAGUCAGAUCAGCAGCUCGCACAGUCAGCACAGCAGCUCGCACAGUCAGCACAGCAGCUCGCACAUCCUAGGUCUGAUGGAGACAGCUAUGAUGGUGGUUUGAGGAAUGGUGCGAGUGAACGGGAGGACGAGAGGAUGAGUGGGACCAUGGAGGAGAGUGGGGCAGUGGAGAGUGGAGCCAUUGAGAGUGGGGCACUGGAGGAGAGUGGAGUAGUGGAGAGUGGUGCAAUGGAGAGUUGGAGCGGUGUGGAGGGGUUAAGUGAUGAGGAGCAGAGGAGUGAGGACCAUAAGGUGCAAGAACACGGGAGGGAGGGGCAAGAGGCUGGAGAGCAGGAGACGGCAGAGGUGGAGGCAGAGGCAGAGGCAGAAGAGAGAAAAGAAGGGGAAGGAAUGGCACCAGUAGCAGAGGGAGUGAGUGGGGAUGGUGCAAGGAGUGUCGUGGAGAGUGAUGGGGAGGAGGAUGGGACAAGCUGGGUUAGCAGCAUCGUAUCUCCUCUGCAGCAGGUGAAGAUGGCUACUGGACACGUGGCAGAUACUGAUUGGACGGAGGAGCUGGGAGACGAGCAGCAGGCAGGGCAGGUGUUGGAAGCAGAGGAUCAGGUGGAUGAUCAGGUGUUGAUCAGGUUGAUGCUCAGGUGGAUGCUCUGUUGGUUCAGCAAGCAGAUUGGUGAGGAUGCGUAUGUGUAUGACAUGGGGGAUGGCGUGGGAGGAAAGAGCAAGGAUGAAUUGGCGCGUUCAGCAACAGGCGAUGGGGUUAUGACGCAGAUUGGGGAGGAUGCAUAUGUGUAUGAGAUGGGGGAUGGUGUGGGAGAGUGCGAGGAGCUGGAUUGGAGCAGGGAUGUGGGCGAUAGGGGUGUGGGGGUGCUGGGGUGGUCGGGUGAUUGGACGAGAGAGAGUGAGGUGUGGGAUGUGAAUGCAAUGAGGGAUGAGAUAGCCAGCGAUGCUGGUGAUGUAACGAGUGAAGCUGGUGAUGUGGUAACCAGUGAAGCUGGUGAUGUGGUAACCAGUGAAGCUGGUGAUGUGGUAACCAGUGAAGCUGGUGAUGUGGUAACCAGUGAAGCUGGUGAUGUGGUAACCAGUGAUGCUGGUGAUGUGGUAACCAGUGAAGCUGGGGAUGUGGUAACCAGUGAAGCUGGUGAUGUGGUAACCAGUGAUGCUGGUGAUGUGGUAACCAGUGAAGCUGGGGAUGUGGUAACCAGUGAAACUGGUGAUGUGGUAACCAGUGAAACUGGUGAUGCGGUUACCAAUGUUGCUCGUUUGAUUGUGAGUAGCACAGAAGGAACGGCUGAGGAGGCAGGAAAUUGGGUAGAGGAGAGUGAGAUGAUGGCAGACAGAGAGGGUGGGGAGGGAGUAGUGAGUGAGAAGGACUGGGCCCGUAGAGGUGAGAGUGAAGAGGAAGGGAGUGAGGAGGAAGGGAGUGAGGAGGAAGGGAGUGAGGAGGAAGGGAGUGAGGAGGAAGGGAGUGAGGAGGAAGGGAGUGAGGAGGAAGGGAGUGAGGAGGAAGGGAGUGAGGAGGAAGGGAGUGAGAGGGAAGAGAGCGAGGAGGAAGGGUUUGAAAAAGAAAGGAGUGAGGAGGAAGAGAGUGAAAGCAAAAGGAGUGAGAAGGAAGAGAGUGAGACGGACAGGAGUGAGAAGGAAACCAGAGAGGAGGAUGCAAGAGCAGCAGAGGAGGCGGGAUUGACGGCCUUUAGCAAUGCAGAGGGCAGGCUGCAAGAGCACAACACGAUAGCAAUUGACCCCCAACAGUCUUUGGCCCUUGACAAAGCAGAUGACAGCGUGCAAGAGCAAGGUACAGCAGCAGCAGAGGAAGAGAACUCGAUGGAGUCUCCGGUAACACUCAUGGGCCAGAGGUCAUUGCCAGCAGUCGCUGCAUCGGCUGUGGGAGGAGGUGUGGUGGUAGCAGCACAGGCAGAUGGGCUGGUGGCAGGCGAUGACUGGGAGAGUGAGGAGUGGAGUGAUGUGGGGUCCGGUGUGGGUGAGUGGGAGGAGGAGGUUGUGGGGUCUGGAGGAGUGGAGGGAGAGAGUGAGGGAGGGAGUGAGGGAGUUGGUGAGAUGGAUGCAGAGAGUGAGGGUGAGGUGGAGGACGGGGAGAAGCAGGAGGGGGAAGGUAGUGAGGGAGAGGAGGUUGGAAUGGUGAGAGAGGAGGUUGGAAUGGGGAGAGAAGGUAAUGAAGAUGGAAAGAGUGAAGAAAGGGGAGAGGAGGAGGGAGAGGAUAAGGAGAGAGAGGAGAACGAGGGUCUGCAACGAAGCAGCGCAGUGAGAGUAGUAGGAGACAUGGGAGGAGAGGGAGAGGUCAAGCUGUGUGCUGAUGAGAGUGAGGGGCAUGUGGGUAGGGAGGAGGAGAGGGAGGAGAGGGAGGAGAGGGAGGAGAGGGAGGAGAGGGAGGAGGUAGUAAGACUGGAGGAGGAGAGAGAAGAGGAUGGGGAGAGGGAGCGACAGGGACGAGAGGAAGUGGAGACUUCACACAGAGUGGAACUGAAGGAGGGUGUUUCUGAAGGAGGGAGGGUGGAGGAGGGAGAGGACAGGAUGGGUGCUGAGAGUGAGAGUGCGAGUGAUAGGGGGGCUGAGAGCGAGAGUGAAACCGAGAAACGUUCUGAGAGUGAGAAUGAAAUUUCAAGGAGGGCAGAGAAUGAAAGUAAGACAGGGGCUGAGGACGAGAGCAGGACAGAGCCGAGUGCAGCUGUGGAGACGCCUCAGCAGGACAACAUCACAGAUGGUGCAGUGGAGGGCACCAGCACUGCAGCAGAAGGCACCAGCGCUGCAGCAGAGGCCAUUGUCACUGCAGCAGGCACUGGCACUGAGGACGAGAGCAAGAAAGAGGCGCGUGCAGCCGUGGAGACGCCUCUGCAGGACGACAUCACAGAUGGUGCCACCUCUCUCAUUGGCGCUGCUAAGAAUGAGAGUGGAAGUGAGACAGGUGCUCACAGUGUGAGAGCGGCUGCAGGCGAGAGCCAGAAAGAGGCGAGUGCAGCCGUGGAGGCGCCUCAGGUGGACGACUUCACAGAAGGUGCAGCAGCAGCGGACACCGGCGCUGCAGCAGGGGCUACUGACACUGCAGCAGGCACUGGUACUGAGGAUGAGAGCCAGAAGGAGCCGAGUGGAGCCGUGGAGGCGCCUCAGCUGGACGACAUUGCAGAAGGUGCAGCAGCGGGCACAGGCACUGCAGCAGAUGCAACUUCGGAGUCAGCUGGAAAGGAAAUCACAGGAGGUGCAGCAGCAGGCAUGGCAGAGGCAGAGGCCACCACGGCGGCAAGCACUGCAACACCAGACGAGCCUCCCGUCGCCACCGCCCAACUCGUUCCACACCCCCCCACUCUUCCCCCCACCGCAACCGUCUCACCCAAUGCCCCACUCCCAGCCAUCCCGUCUGUCUCAGUCUCAGCAGUCUCCUCUGCUUCUAGUGCUUCCACUGCCCCUACCGUUCCCGCUGUUCCCUCUGUUGCCUCUCGCCCUGCCAAUUCCUGGAUCCGCCCAGCACAGCCUUCUUCCCACUCCGACUCAGGCUCGGACUCUGACUGGUCCGACUCCGAACCUGCGCCCAAGCCUGUGCCCAUCCGAGCCUGGAGUGCAGGCAUGGCGAGUGCAGCACUGGCACCUGCACCUGCCGCCUCUCCUCCCCCACAAACUGCAGCGGUGGGGCGACUGCAGAGUGACUUCCUCAACCGCUUCCAGCAGCAGCCAGAGGAGCAGCAGCAGCAGCAGCAGCAGCAGCAGCAGCAGCAGCAGCAGCAGCAGCAGCAGCAGCAGCAGCAGCAGCAGCAGCAGCAGCAGCAGCAGCAGGCCUCUGAGGCUCCCUUAGCACCUACGCAGCAGCAACAGCAGGCAUCUUUGAAUUUCGCUGCGGUUGUGGACUCUUCUGCUGACGUGGCGCAAGCUGCUGAUGUAGCGCAAUCUGCUGAUGUAGCGCAAUCUGCUGAUGUAGCGCAAUCUGCUGAUGUGGAGCAACGUGACAUGAAGCACGCAGCUGAGGUCAAAGCAGGUGACAAGCCAGAAUUACCUGCUGGUGGUGAUGACGCGAUUGCUGAUAAGGAACGGUCUGCACAUGUGGAACCAGCUGCUGAUGUGGCACCCCCUGCUGAUGUGGACGUGAAGGACGAUUCCAGACCAUCUUCUCCAGAGGGGUCAGCCACCAGCAUCAAAGAUGCUGCUGAUGUGGCAGCUGAGGUGGACGCUGAUGUGGCAGCUGAGGUGGCUCUGGAUGCAGCUGGAGAUGCUAGUUUGCAGCUGGCAAGUGAGGCGGUUGCGCCUGUGCUGCAGAUAAGAGGAGAGGCCAAGGAUUUGGAAGCAGAGGAGGUGGAAGCAGAGGAGGUGGAAGCAGGGAGGGAGGAGGAAGAGACAAGGAGUGAGAAAGCAGAGAGGGAGGAGGAAGAGACAAGGAGUGUGGAAGCAGAGAGGGAGGAGGAAGAGACAGGGAGUGAGGAGGCAGAGAGGGAGGAGGAAGAGACAAGGAGUGAGGAGGCAGAGAGGGAGGAGGAAGAGACAAGGAGUGAGGACGCAGAGAGGGAGGAGGAAGAGACAAGGAGUGAGGAGGCAGAGAGGGAGGAGGAAGAGACAAGGAGUGAGGAAGCAGAGAGGGAGGAGGAAGAGACAAGGAGUGAGGAAGGAGAGAGGGAGGGGGAAGAGACAAGGAGCGAGGAAGCUGAGAGGGAGGAGGAAGAGGCUAGGAGUCGGGAAGCAGAGAGGGUGGAGGAAGAGGGGGACAGUGUUGACACAGAAGUGCUGCAGGAGGGUGAAGUUGAUGUUGUAAUGGAGGGAGGAAGAGGGAUGCUGGGAGCAGCGGAGGGCGGGGAGCGGUUGGGCGCAGCAUUGGAGGAAGAGGAGGAGAGUGAGAUGGGUGCGGAGGCUAAGGAGGCCGAGAAGGUCCUGGGUAAAGAAGAGGAUGCGGAGAUGCUGGGAGCAGAGAAGGGCGGGGAGCUGUUGGGCGCAGAGGAGGGUGAGGAGAGUGAGGAGGCUAAGGAGGUCAUGGAGGGUAAGGAGGAGCAUGAGGAGGCUGAGUCACGUUCUGAUGCUGCUGAGUCACUUUCUGAUGAUGCUGAGUCACGUUCUGAUUAUGCUGAGUCACGUUCUGAUGAUGCUGGGUCACGUUCGGAUGCUGAUUUGCGUUCUGAUGCUGAUUCGCGUUCUGAUCCUAAUUCGCGUUCUGAUGCUGAGUCACAUUCUGGUGAUGCUGAGUCACGUUCUGAUGCUGAUUCGCGUUCUGAUGCUGAGUCACAUGCCGAGUCACAUUCGGAUGCAGUGUCUGCUGAUGAUGAUAACAAUGCAAUGAAGGUUUCGGACGCGACUGCAGUUGCUGUGCUGAGUUCUGCACCUCAUUCUCCAGCUGCUCCUGAUUCACCAGCUGAGUAUGAACCAGCUGCUUCUUUGAGCCCUGCCUCCUCUCCUUCCUCUGCCACCCACUUGGAGGCUCGAGUUGAGAGCAAGGAGGAGAGGCAAGAGGAGGAGAGGGAAGAGCAGGUGAGGGAAAAGGAAGCGGAGGAAAGUAUAUGGGUGGAGGGUAAAAGUGAAAGUGAGGAGGAGGAAAGUGAAAGGGCGGAGGAGGAAAUUGAAAGGGCGGAGGAGGAAAGUGAAAGGGCGGAGGAGGAAAGUGAAAGGGCGGAGGAGGAAAGUGAAAGGGCGGAGGAGGAAAGUGAAAGGGCGGAGGAGGAGAGUGAAAGGGCGGAGGAGGAAAGUGAAAGGGCGGAGGAGGAGAGUGAAAGGGCGGAGGAGGAAAGUGAAAGGGCGAAGGAAAGUGAAAGGGCGGAGGAGGGAAGUGGAAGGAAAGAGGAGGAAAGUGAAAGGGCGGAUGAGGAAAGAGAAAGGGCGGAGGAGGAAAGUGAAAGGGCGGAGGAGGAAGAGGAGCUGGAAGAGGAGGAAGGAAAGCGGGAAGGGGAAGGAGAGGAGAGAGGAGUCGAGGCAAGAGAGGUGGAGAGUGGAGGGGAAGAAGCAGAGACGAUGGAAGAGGAGGAGAGGUUAGAGGAGACGGAGGAUGGGAAACAGGAGAAGGCGGAAGAGGAGGAGAGCAGAGUGGAGGUGAGAGAGGAGGAGAAGGAGAAGCAGGAAGGUGUGUUCGUGGCAGAGGAAGGAAUGGGAGAAGAAAGAGAUGUUGAGAGAGAGAGCAUGGACAGAGAAGGCGUGGGAAGUGAGAGUGUGGCGGGAGAGAGUGUGGCGGGAGAGAGUGUGGCGGGAGAGAGUGUGGCGGGAGAGAGUGUGGCGGGAGAGAGUGUGGCGGGAGAGAGUGUGGCGGGAGAGAGUGUGGCGGGAGAGAGUGUGGCGGGAGAGAGUGUGGCGGGAGAGAGUGUGGCGGGAGAGAGUGUGGCGGGAGAGAGUGUGGCGGGAGAGAGUGUGGCGGGAGAGAGUGUGGCGGGAGAGAGUGUGGAUGGAGAGGGUGUGGAGGAAGAGAGUGUGGAGGGAGAGAGUGCAGAGGGGAAGAGCGUGGAGGGGGAGAGUGCUAAGGGUGGAGAUAAUAAGGUGGAGAAUGCUGUGGCAGUGCCAGCAGCGGAUGCAAGUGUUAGUGGCCAGAGUGCAUCAGAAGCUGUUUCAAGGGAAACUGACGCGUCCGAGGCUGUGCCUGUGCCAGUGGAAGCUGGAGGAGCAGACAUCGGAGGCAUGGGGAGCACAGCAGCAGCAGAAACAUCGGCCCCCAUGCCUGCUGCCUCUCCUCCUGCCUCAGCAACUGUGGGGCGACUGCGGAGUGACUUCCUCAACCGCUUCCAGCAGCAGCAGCCAGAACAGCCCUCUGUGCCUUCUCUUAGGUCUCCACAACAACAGCAGCAGCAGCAGCAGCAGCCACAGCAGGUGGAGGGAGAGGGGAAUGGAGAGGAAGAGGGUGUGACAAUAACGGAGGUAAAGGAGGUGGGUGUCUCAGCCGAAGAUGAUGUCAGGGGGGAAGUGAUUGUGACAGAGAGUGAGGAGGAGAGAGCGGUUACGGUAGAGAAGGUGGAAGCGAGCGAGGAAGAGGGGGUGGAAGCGAGAGAGGUAGAGGAAGCGACAGGGGAAGAGGGAGUGGAAUCGACAGGGAAAGUGGGAGAGGAAGCAACAGAGGAAGCAACAGAGGAAGAGGGAGCAGAAUCAACAGAGGAAGAGGCAGCGGGAGCAAGAGAGGAAGAGGGAGUGGAAGCAAGAGAGGAAGGCAGAGUGGAAGUGGGUGAGGAGGAGAGAGUGGAAGAUGGAAAGGGAGAGAACAUAGAGAAGGAAGAGGAGGAGGAAGAGGCCAAGGAAACGCGAGAGAAGGAGGUUGGGGAAGAAUUGGAGGGCGUGGUUAAGGAGGAUAGAGUGAAAGAGGAUGAGGAGGAGAGAGAGGAAGAGGGUGAGGAGGAGAGAGUGGAAGAUGGAAAGGGAGAGAACAUAGAGAAGGAAGAGGAGGAAGAAGAGGCCAAGGAAACGCGAGAGAAGGAGGUUGGGGAAGAAUUGGAGGGCGUGGUUAAGGAGGAUAGAGUGGAAGAGGAUGAGGAGGAGAGAGAGGAAGAGGGUGAGGAGGAGAGAGUGGAAGAUGGAAAGGGAGAGAACAUAGAGAAGGAAGAGUUUCAGGACGUGGUUAAGGAGGAUAGAGUGAAUGAAGGUGAGGAGGAGAGAGAGGAAGCGAGUACAGAUGAGAGGAUGGACGAGGAACAGAGGGUGGAAGGAAGGAGGGAAGAGAGGGAGGAAGAGGGUGAGGAGGAGAGGGAGGAAGAGAGUAAGGACGAGAGGUUGGAAGAGCUCAAGGAAGAAAGAGCGGAGGAAGUGAAGGGAGAGAGCGAGGAGGCUAAGGAGGAGCCUGAUGCAGAUGGUGUUGUGGCUGUCCGUUCCCCUUCCCCAGUCUCGUCCCCUCUUCCUCCCACCGCCAUCCCCCCAGCUGAACCUCCCACCACGGCCAUAACCAUCAAGGCACGUUCCGCGGAUUCCUGGAUGAGGCACCAGCCAACCCACUCUGACUCAGGCUCGGACUCUGACUGGUCCGACUCUGAACCUGCGGCCAAGCCUGUGCCGAUCCGAGCCUGGAGGCCAGGUGCGGGGAGUGCUGUGGCUGCUUUGGCAGCUACACCCGCGCCUGCCACCUCUCCUGCUGCCCAACCUGCAGCGGUGGGGCGACUGCGGAGUGACUUCCUCAACCGCUUCCAGCAGCUGCAGCCGGAACAACCCUUUGUACCUCCUGUUAGGUCCCCACUGCAGCAGCAGCCAGUGCAACCCUCAGUGCCUCCUCUUAGGUCUCCACCACAACAGCAACAGCAGGUGGAAGGAGAGAGGGAGGGAGAGAGGGAGGGAGAGGAAGAGGGUGUGACGAUGAUGGAGGUGAAGGAAGGGGAGGCGUCAACAGGAGAUGAUGAAGAGGCAGUGGCAAUGGCAGAGGGUGAGGAGGAGGGGGUGGUGAAGGAACAGGGAGUGGGAGCAACAGAGGAAGAAAGAUUGGAAGCGGGAGAGGAAGAGCGAGAGGAAGUGAGAGAGGAAGAGCGAGAGGAAGAGGGAAAGGAAGAGGGAGAGGAAGAGAGAGAGGAAAAGGGAGAGGAAGUGGGAGAGGAAGUGGGAGUGGAAGUGACAGAGGAAGCUAGAGAGGAAGAGGAAGAGGAAGCAACGGAGGAAGAGAGAGAGGACGAGGGAGUGGAAGGAACUGAGGAGGAGGGAGUGGAAGUGGGUGCGGUUGAGAAUAUGGGGGGUAAGGAUGCAAGGAUGGGCGAGGGAGAGAGGAUGGAAGAGGUUGAGGAAGAGAGGGAGGAAGAAGGUAAACAAGUGAGUGAGGAGUCUGAGGAAGAGAGGAAGGAAGAGAGGGAAAAAGAGGGUAAGGAAGAGAUGAUGGAAGUGGGUGAGGAGGAGAGAAUGGAAGAUGGUGGUAAGGCGAGAGAAGAAGCGAGUAGGGAGGAAGGGAUGGAAGAGGAAGAGAGGUUGGAAGAGAGUAAGGAGGAGAGGGGGGAAGAAGAUAAGGAAGAAACAGAGGAAGAGACUAAGGAGGAGACUACGGGUGAUGGUGUCUCGGUUGUUGCUUCCCCUCCCUCACUUUCAUCCCCUCUUCCUCCCACCGCCAUCCCUCCAGCUCAACCUCCCACCACGGCCAUGACCAUCAAGCCACGAGCCCCGGAUUCCUGGAUGAGGCAGCCAACCCACUCCAAUUCAGAGUCAGACUCUGACUGGUCUGAUUCCGAACCUGCGCCCAAGCCUGUGCCCAUCCGAGCCUGGAGGCCAGGUGCGGGGAGUGGUGUAGUGGCAGUGGCAGCUCUGCAGCAGCAGCAGGUGGAGGGAGAAGGGAAGAGAGAGGGAGAGGGUGCGAGAACACUGGAGGUGAAGGAUGCUGGUGUGUCAGCAGUGGGAGAUCAUGGAGAGGAAGUGAUUGUGACAGAGAGUGAGGAGGACAGGGCGGUUAAGGAAGAGGGAGUGGAAGCGAGCGAGGAAGAGGGAGUGGAAGUGGGUGCGGUUGAGAAGGUGGGGGGUAAGGAAGCAAGGAUGGAUGACGAAGAGAGGGUGGAAGGGGAUGAGGAAGAGAGAGUGGAAGAGGUUAAGGAGAGAGUUGAAACUAAUGAGGAAGAGAGGAUGGAAGAGGAAGAGAGGGAGGAAGAGGGUAAGGAGGAGAGUGCUGAAGAGGCUGGGGAUGAGCGAGUGGAAGAGGGUAGUGAGGUAAAGGAAGCAAGUAAGGAGGAGAGGAUGGAAGAGGAAGCAAGAGUGGAAGAGGGUAAGGAGGAGAUGAUGGAGAAGGAAGAGAUGCAGGAAGAGGCUAAGGAAGAAAGAGAGGAAGAGGAUAACAAAGAGACUAAGGAAGAUGGUGUGGCUGACUCUGAUAAAGCGGCUGAUGCUCCUGAGUAUGACGUUCCUGAAAGAUCUGGUAUUUUGGCAGUAGAGUUAGGAGCAGCAGCAGCAACAGGGACAGAAACAGCACAGGCAGUUGUUGCUGGGGAGGAGGUUGCAGAGGUAGAGGCGGCAGAGAGGGUGCAACAGGAAGAGGCGCAGUCAGGUGAAGAGGUGUUACAAGGCGACCUGGUGCAAGCUGACGUGGCAUCAGGCCCGUCCUCUCCUGUGCCAGCUGACGUGGCAUCAGGCCCAUCCACUCCUGUACCAGCUGGCGUGGCAGCAGUCGCACCAUCAUUACCUGAACCAUCUGUUGAUCCAACAAUUGCUGACCCAUCCCUUCAACCCCUCUCCACCCCUCAACCGGUGUCCUCCUCUCAGCCACUUUCCUCCCCUGAGCCUUCCACUCCUCACCGCACAGCACCUGCUGUUACCAUCAAGCCCCGUGCUGCAGACUCAUGGAUGAAGCGACCCAAUCAGGACUCCGACUCAGGCUCGGACUCUGACUGGUCCGACUCCGAACCUGCGCCCAAACCUGUGCCCAUCCGAGCCUGGAGGCCAGGCAUGGCAAGCGCAGCGGCAGCAGCAGCAGUACCAGCCCCUGCGCCUGCCGCCUCUGCCGCUGCCCAGCCUGCAGCGGUGGGGCGACUGCGGAGUGACUUCCUCAACCGCUUCCAGCAGCAGCAGUCGGAGCAACCCCCUGUGCCUGCUCUUAGCAAGGUAAAGGAGGAGGGGGGUGACUCUGAUGGCAGAGGAGAGGAUUGUGGGGGCACGCGAGGAGGGGGUGCGAAAGCUGUGGUUGCUGAAGGUACGCUUGCUACUGCUGUGGGGGAAUUGUCUGCUGAGGUGGCAUCAGAAGCACCUGCUGACGUGGCAGCGGAAGCGACCGCUGAUGUGGCAACGGAAUCGGGAGCUGAUGUAACAAUGGAAGCAGGUGCUGAUGUGGCAUCAGAAGCGGCUGCUGAGGUGGGGGAGCAGGAGAAUGAGGCGUGGGAGGAAGAGAAGGAGGAAGAAGGGGGUGGAGAAGGCGGAGAGGAGGAAAACGAGGAGGAUGAGAAAGAAGAGGAAGAAGAGCAAGAAGAGGAAGAAGCGACAGAAGCAAAGGAGGAAGAAGGGGACAAUGCAGAGGCAGAGGGAGAGGAGGAGGGUGCAGAGGGAGAGGAAGAAGGAGGGAGUGAGGCAGGAGAGGAAUCCACUGAGGAGGUGACUGUAGAAGUGACAGAGGAAUAUGAAGAGGUGACUGUAGAGCAAACGGACGAGUAUGAAGAGGUGACUGUAGAGCAAACGGAGGAGUAUGAAGAGGUGACAGUCGAAGUGACAGAGGAAUAUGAGGAAGUGACUGUAGAAGUAGAAGAAACGGGAGAAUAUGAGGAGGUGACUGUUGAAGUGGAAGAGACAGGAGAAGGUGAGGAGGUUACUGUUGAAGAAACGGCGGAAUAUGAGGAGGUGACUGUAGAGGUAACUGAGGAAUACACUGAAGAGGAAGUUACUGUAGAAGUUACGGAGGAGUACACAGAAGAGGAGGUGACUGUAGAGGUUACAGAGGAAGUCACAGACGAGGAUAAAUCAGAGGAGGUGGCAGAGGAGGGAGCAGGUGCAGCAGGUGGAAAAGAGGGAGGAAGCACAGCGGGACAAGAGGCGGAACACGAGGAAGAGCAGGAGGAGCAAGAGGGGGAGCAGGAGGAGGAGCAGGAGGAGGAGCAGGAAGAGGGGCAUGAGGAGGAGUAUGAAGAGUAUGAGGAGCAAGAAGAGGAAGUGGUGGAAGAGGAAGAGGAGGAGGAGGCAAGUGAAAAAGAGAGCACAAACAGCAGCAGCAAGGAAAGCAGCCCGAGGAGCAAGCCCGAGGGAAAGGAAGAGGAGGAGGAUGAGGAGGCAAGGAUAAAGCGGCAGGAGCAGGAGGAGAGGAACGCGGAGGAGCAGCGGGCGCUGAGGCUGCGCGUGGCAAGUAUGAAGCGGUUCAAUGCGGUGCUGGGGGAGCUGCGCUUCCGCCAGGGCAUACGCGAGGAGGGGGAGGGGGAGGGAGGCGGAGGAGCAGGGGCGGUUGAGGGGAGCCGGACGGGCACAUCUGGGACAGGAGGGGGUGGUGGAGGUGCUGUGGGGCAAGCAGAGGGGGCAGGAGCAGCGGCUCCUAUUGCGCUUCCUGCCAUGGCGGGUGGUGGUGGUGGUGGUGGUGGUGGUGGUGGUGGUCCCAACCCUCACAGUCCGAGCAAG